AUGAAAAGUGGUGUUCUUUAUAUUAGCUUCUUGCUUUGUUGCUUCCUGCUGCUUUUGGAUUCUUCAACUUCACUUCCUCUGUGCGUUGAUUCAAGAGCACCCUUUACCCUCAAUACCACACUCGGAUUUUGCCCUUACAAUGGAAGCACGUGUUGCAACACCACAGAAGGUGCACAAAUACAGAAGCAAUUCCAGCUGAUGAACAUAUCUGAUCCUGGUUGUGCCUCUCUUUUGAAAUCAAUACUUUGUGCGAGGUGUGACCCAUUUUCAGCUGAGCUAUUUACAGUUCAAUCCUCGCCCAGAUCAGUUCCUGUGCUUUGCAAUUCUGCAACAAAUUCUUCUCAGUCAAAGGCAGCAGUGCAAGACUUCUGCUCUGAAGUAUGGGAUACAUGUCAAACUGUGUCAAUAAUAAACUCACCAUUUCCCCCUUCAUUACAAGGUCAAACAGGAGGAACACCGGUUAAUACCAAUGCAACCAAACUGACUGAAUUAUGGCAGUCCAAAACAGAUUUUUGUCAUGCAUUUGGUGGAGUCUCCAAUAAUGAAUCAGUAUGCUUUGAAGGAGAAACUGUUGCACUAAAUAACACCGGAACUCCUAUCAAUCCCCCUCAUGGCUUGUGCCUUGAGAAAGUUGGGAAUGGAUCUUAUCUCAAUAUGGUUGCUCAUCCUGAUGGCUCUAACCGUGCAUUUUUCUCUAAUCAAAUGGGUAAGGUUUGGUUGGCAACUAUUCCGGAUGUGGGAUCAGGAGGACAAUUGGAGCUUGAUGAAUCAACUCCCUUUGUUGAUCUAACUGAUCAAGUUUAUUUUGAUAGUGAAUUUGGAAUGAUGGGCAUGGCAUUUCAUCCAAACUUUGCAAACAAUGGUCGAUUCUUUGCUUCAUUUAACUGUGAUAAAAAUAAGUGGUCAGGAUGUAAUGGGGUAUGUUCAUGUAAUUCAAAUGUUAAUUGUGAUCCAUCAAAGCUAGGAGCUGAUAAUGGUGCCCAACCAUGUCAAUAUCAAUCUGUUGUUGCAGAAUACACUGCUAAUGGUACUGCAUCUAAGCCAUCCUCGGCAGAAAGUGCUAAACCAACAGAGGUGAGAAGGAUAUUUACCAUGGGUCUCCCAUUUACAUCUCAUCAUGCAGGUCAGAUACUCUUCGGACCUAAUGAUGGAUAUUUAUACUUCAUGAUGGGAGAUGGAGGAGGUUCAGGUGAUCCAUACAAUUUUGCCCAAAACAAGAAAUCAUUGCUUGGAAAGAUUAUGAGGCUUGAUAUAGAUAACAAUCCAAGUGCAGCAGAAAUUAGCAAUCUUGGCCUUUGGGGCAGCUAUUCCAUUCCCAAGGAUAAUCCAUUCAGCGAAGAUAAAGAUCUGCAACCUGAAAUAUUUGCCUUGGGACUAAGAAAUCCUUGGAGAUGCAGUUUUGAUUCAGAAAGACCUUCCUACUUUUUUUGUGCAGAUGUUGGGCAGGAUCUUUACGAGGAAGUGGAUCUCAUCACAAAGGGUGGAAACUAUGGCUGGCGUGUUUACGAGGGACCCUAUCUAUUCACUCCUACAAAGUCACCUGGAGGCAAUACCUCCAUAAAUUCCAUGAAUCCAAUUUUCCCAAUAUCGGGAUACAACCAUUCUGCAGUAAACAAGAAUGCAGGAUCAGCAUCCAUCACUGGGGGUUAUAUCUACCGAUCUAGGACUGAUCCUUGCAUGUAUGGAAGGUACUUAUAUGCUGAUCUUUAUGCGGGUGCAAUGUGGUCAGCCAUAGAAGACCCAGAAAAUAGUGGAAAUUUCACAACUAGCAAAAUCCCUGUCAGUUGUGCCCAUGAUUCUCCUAUCCUAUGUGAUUCUAUACCUGGAAGCUCCCUUCCAGCUCUGGGCUACAUCUAUUCAUUUGGGGAAGACAACAAGAAAGAUGUUUAUGUUCUUGCAAGCAAUGGUGUUUACCGAGUUGUUCCUCCAAGUCGCUGCAAUUAUGCUUGCUCACAGGAAAAGGCAACAACUACUACUCCUCCUUCUCCUUCUCCAUCUCAUGCAAACCGUUGGAGUAACUUUUCUGGAUAUAUGUUUCUGCAGCUUUCAUCUUUCUUGUUGCUUUUGAUGGGUUUUGUGUAGUGCAUGAUCAUAU